CUAUGGCAAGGACGGACAGCACAGCGCCUCAAAACCCUGGCUGCAUCUCAAGUUCUCAACCCUCCACAUUCCUCAACAAACUUCCCGUCUCUCUGCGCCUUGCAUCCCCCCCCACCCAAAACCCUGGACCCGAUCACCUGCCAACGACAGGCUCUCUUGACGGAUUCUAGCUUUCAAUAAAUCGUCAGCCAGCCGCCCCCGAUCCCGCCCAACCACCAAGCAAAGCAGAUCACCCGACCGACCCGAAGAAGGAACGACGAGGAAAAAAUGGCCGACACAGCAGCCGGCCCGACGAGGCCGCAGCGCCGGCCCUCGUCUCCCCUCAAGAACGGCUACUUGAUCCUCUACAACUUCGUCUCCGCCGUCGCCUGGGCCACCGUCCUCGGCCGCACCCUCGCCCUCUUCUUCCUCCGCGGGCCGCACUUUGUGCACCUCGGCGUAGGCGACUGGACGCGCUGGACGCAGACCGUGGCCGCCAUGGAGAUCCUGCACGCGUUGCUCGGCGUUGUUCGUGCCCCCGUCUUCACGACCGUUAUGCAGGUCCUCAGCCGCUUCGUCCUCGUCUGGGGCGUCGUGUACCCCUUCCCCUGGCUCGCGCGCAGCACCUGGUACUCGUCCAUGCUGCUGGCCUGGAGCGUCACCGAGGUCAUCCGCUACUCGUACUUUGCGCUCAACCUCAGCGGCUUCCAGCCCAGGCCCCUGACCUGGUUGCGCUACAACACCUUCUUCGUGCUGUACCCUAUCGGCAUCACGAGCGAGUGCGCCCUCAUCUACCUGGCCGCUGAGCCCGCCAGGCAGUUCGGCGAGGUGUUCCCGUACGUCGCGUACGCCAUCCUCGCCGUCUACGUUCCCGGCUCGUACAUCCUGUACACGUACAUGAUGAAGCAGCGAAGCAAGGUCAUGCGUAGUCUGAAGGCCGAGGAGGCGGGCCGCGCAAAGACUCAGUAGGCGAUCAUCAAAACAAAAGAGGAGGGAAUCCAGAAAGGUCAAGUAAAACUUGGGUGGGUAUUUCGGGACUAUACUAUAGGGGAUGGAUGGGUAUGGACAUAGACAAAAAGACAGACGAGAAACGGUUAUCCAACGGCGUAUCGUAUGCGGUUGCGCGGGGGUAGCAACUUUUGUCCGUGACGAAUAGAGGGAGGGGUUAGCACAAACAUAAUAGUAAAGAGAAGGGAACAAGAACCACCCUUCCGUCAUUAAGCAGCCGCACUCUCGCCCGCCUCCUUGAUCGCGGGCUUGUCCUCUUCGCUCGUCUCGUACCACUCGUUCCGCGUCCACUGGACAAUUAGACCCGCCGCGUCCUGCUUGAGCUUGUCGUACCCAGGGUUCUUCUUGGCUUCGAACAUGUCUUUGUCACAACGGAUUAGCAUGCCUAUUCUCAACCCCCC